UUAAGCUGGAGGUUCGAGGGCAUCAUUCCAAAGCACGUCCAUAGAGAAGCCAACUGUUUUGUGGACAAUCUUGCUCAUCUUAGAGGGGAGCAACAGGAUAACCUGUCUACUUUUUUUUUUUUUUUGGCCUGAUCCGGAGUGUUUGAGUUUCGUCCGACUAAUUCCCAGGACGUAUGAAUCCCUAGCUAUGUGUGGAUCGGUUAAUCACGGCCAAAAUCACUCUGGUGACUCUAAGGAAUUUCGAACUUGAGAUUGAGUGAAUACAUAAGAUUCUCUUUAACUACUAGGUCAAAUCACUUGAAAUUAACAUUAUAACUUUGCUAUUUUAUCCUUGAUUCCUUCUAGUAUUAGAGACCUUUUCUUUCUGAGGAUGUAGUGGGGAUAUCUUUUCCCAAACUUGUUAAUGAUACUGAUUAAUUUAUAUUAUGCACCAUUUUCGACCCAAGAAAAUAAAAAAUAACAAGCUUAUAGACCUGGCGACUAGAUAAAUAACCUUUUAUUUUUUUUCUUUUUUUAAUUACAAUUAUAAGAAUGUUUAUGGAUUUAAUACAAUAAAAUAAAAAUUUGAAUAACUCAUAAAGGAUACAAAUAAUAUCACCUCAAAAAACAAAGUUGAAAUCUCUUUAUCAUCAAAAGAGAGUGUGAGUCAUUGUCCUAUGCCUUUUUCUCAUUAUUGUUUGAUUUUCUUUUCCUAUCCUUUUCGCAUUUUACAAUUUUUUUUAUCAUCACAUGCCAGGAAGACCCUUCGAAUAAAUUAAUGAUGCACGAGGGCACACUUUACACUUUUUAAUUCGAGGGUCAACUAACGAACCGAGGAAUGCUCCCCAUAAAUGAUAUAUAUACUAGUUCGAUGUUUAGCUCUAACUCACCAUUCUCGAACAAUAAACAUGAAGAUGAAAUUUCAAGUGUUUGUGUUCCUUCUGUUUCCUUUCGUCACUGCAUCCGAUGUGUCGGUCUCAUCAAGAAGGCCCUAUGCGAAAUAUGAGUCGAUCUUCAACUUUGGCGACUCACUGAGUGAUACUGGGAACUACCUUGCAGUCGGUGCACCAGGAUUUCCCCAGAUUGCGCACCUCCCUUAUGGAGAGACCUUCUUCGGAAAUGCGACUGGCCGCGCUUCAGACGGACAUCUCAUUGUUGAUUUUAUCGCGGAGGCAUUCGGAUUACCUUCUCUUCCACCUUAUCUAAAGCAAACCGGAGGGCCAUACAAGAAAACGGGAAUGAAUUUUGCCGUUUUUGGGGCCACUGCACUUGAUGCAGAAUUCUAUUAUGCAAAGAAUCAAGGCCCUUUCUUGUUUACAAAUGAUUCAUUGAGCGUUCAAGUCGGCUGGUUCAAGAAGUGGAAGUCCUCGAUCUGUACUUCUAAGCAAGAGCGUCACAAGUACUUUAAGAAGUCUCUGUUCCUCGUGGGGGAGAUUGGUGGAAACGAUUACCACAUACCCCUCUUAUAUAUCGGUGCUCCCAUUGAACAAGUUCGACCCCUUGUGCCACUGAUCAUCGAAGCUAUUAUCAACGCCACCACAGCCAUAAUCGAAGAAGGAGCAGCAAACGUGGUGGUUCCGGGGAAUUUGCCAAUAGGUUGUCUACCAGCUUACUUGACCAGAUUUCAGAGUUCUAAUCGAUCGGACUAUAACCCAAUAACCGGGUGUCUGGAUGCAUUCAACGAGUUUUCUAAGUAUCACAACAGACUGCUCAUUCAAGCACUGAAGACGUUGAGAAAGAAAUAUCCGCGGGCAAGGAUCAUGUACGCAGACUACUACGGUGCCUCAAUUGGGUUCUACUAUAGCCCAAAACUCUAUGGAUUCUCCGGGGGCAGCAUUACAGCGUGUUGCGGAGGUGGUGGACCGUACAAUUUCAAUAUCUCUAGCUUAUGCGGUCAGCCUGGCUCGACUGUGUGCGACGAUCCAUCGACCUUUGUGAAUUGGGAUGGUAAUCAUUGGACGGAGGCUGCGUACCGACAUAUGGCUAAGGGAUUGAUUUAUGGUCCCUUCACUUCUCCACCUCUCUAGAGUUGUACUUCUGUUUUUUGUGCAUCACCAAUUAAAUUAUUGCCCUUUUUUUUGUAAUAACUGUAAGCGAGGCACGUAA